AUGGUUCUGUCGCGGCUAGGAAACAAUUCCCUCAAACAUUCAUGUGGAGCUUCGGAUUAUGUGGAAUCCCAGAGAAUCUUGAUCCACGCGUUAAGUGAGACUGGACAGAAAGGUCUGACAUGCGUCUCGAAUAAUGCAGGCGUGGAUGAUUGGGGACUGGGAAUUCUUCUCAAAACGCGACAGAUAAAGAAGAUGAUUUCCUCUUAUGUUGGUGAAAAUGCGGAAUUUGCGCGGCAGUACUUAUCUGGCGAACUCGAGCUGGAAUUCACACCGCAGGGCACGCUUGCUGAGCGAAUUCGAGCAGCAGGAGCUGGAAUACCAGCAUUUUAUACUCCAACCGGGUAUGGAACGCUGAUACAGGAGGGAGGUGCUCCGAUCAAGUACAGUCGAACAGAAAAAGGAAAGAUCGAAAUUGCAAGUCCUGCUAAAGAAACCCGUGUUUUUAAUGGAUAUAAUUACGUAAUGGAAGAGGCAAUCUGGGGAGAUUUCGCCCUCAUCAAGGCCUGGCGAGCAGAUAAACUUGGCAACAUUCAGUUCAGGCUGACAGCCGGCAAUUUCAAUAACGCUAUGUGCAAAGCGAGUAAAUGUACGAUCGUUGAAGUCGAAGAGAUUGUCGAACCAGGAGUCAUCGAACCCAAUAAUGUCCACAUUCCAUCCAUUUAUUGUGACCGACUCAUACUUGGCAAGAACUAUAAGAAGCCCAUUGAGCGCCCAAUGUUUGCUUCGAACGGUACACCCAAGCCAUCUAAAUCUCCUGGCGAUCGAACUCGCGAUAUUAUAGCUGCUCGUGCUGCACUCGAGUUCCGUGAUGGAAUGUAUGGUUCGUGUGUAUAUGUUUUUGUAACAGGUUCAUUCUGA